UGCGCCGGAAGCGGCUCUGUCUCCCUCCCCCGCCGCCGCUCCUGGGCGCUCACGUGGGGCCGACGGUGGCUCUUCGCGCGGCCGGGGACGGGGCGCCAUGAUCCGGGCUGGGAGCCGGCUCUGGAGCCGGGGCGCGGCCGCGCGGGCUCUGGCCACCUCGGCCGGCCGGCUGGGGCUUCCCGAGGCGCCCGCACCCUCCCCACACGUGGUGGAUGCCGCAACCCAGGCAGAAAAGCCGCCCCUGGUGACCUCCAGCGCCCCUGUCCUGCGGGGUUGCCGCCUUGCGAUCCCCUCUCACCGCACGGCCGUGCAGGCCUGGGUGGAGUCGCUCAGGCACUACGAGGACAGACACGUGGGCCUAGCAGACCUGCAUCCCGAUGUCUUUGCAGUAAUGCCCCGGGUCGACAUCCUGCACACGGUCGCAGUCUGGCAGAGGAACUACAAGAGGAUAAGCUACGCCAAGGUGAAGACGCGAGCGGAGGUGCGCGGCGGCGGCAAGAAGCCCUGGCCACAGAAGGGCAGCGGCCGGGCCCGGCACGGCAGCAUCCGCUCCCCCCUCUGGCGUGGCGGCGGGAUCAUCCAUGGCCCCAGGGGCCCCACCAGCUAUUACUACAUGCUGCCCAUGAAAGUGCGCGUCUUGGGCCUCAAGGUGGCGCUGACGGCCAAGCUGAUGCAGGACAACCUGCACGUUGUGGAUGGCCUGGACAUGCCGACCUUUGACCCCCAGUACCUGGCAGACCUAGCACAAUACAGGCACUGGGGCCAGUCCGUGCUGAUUGUCGAUGUCAACAAGAUGCCCGAGAACAUCAUGAAGGCAGCAGCCCGCCUGAAAACCAUCACCCUGGUGCCAGCCCUAGGUCUCAACGUGCACAGCCUGCUCAAGCACGAGACGCUGGUGCUCACGCUGGACACGCUCGCCUUCCUGGAGGAGAAGCUGCUAUGGCACGACUCCCGCUACACCGCGCUGUACCCCUUCCAUCUGCCCUACAGCGACUUCCCCUAGCCCCGAGGGACGGCGCCUGCCGCAGAGAGGCCUCUUGCGCGGCGAGCCUGUUGAGUGAGUCGGCCCCACUGAGCGCGUGCGGAAAGGGGACUGGCGCCGAGGCAGCGUCCCGCUGCUCUCCCACGAUGCACCUGGGGGUUGCAAAGUGGCUUGGAAGUGACUGUUCUCUGCACGGUGGACAGGAGGGAAGCUGGGCCGCGCCCUCGGGGGCGGGAGGAUGGGGAGGGUUGCCUUCUCCGGCUUGCCUGGAGCGUGACUGUUAAACGGCCUGUCCUGCCGACGCACGGCCAUUAAAGAGCUGCCGCUACUGCA